UCAGUGAAGGCUGCAGCCGCACAGUGCUGCUGCUGCUGCUGCUGCACAUGAUAACACGGGACAAGUUUCUCCCCCUGAAGGACGCCUCGGAUUAUUCCUGUGUUUUAUUUUAUCUCCUUCAGAGGCAGCAGAGGAGACACCUGAGAAACUUUGACAAGGAGAAACUAACAUGUGCCUGAAGGCUGUUUUCAUGUUGCUGAGGGAAUAAACGUCAAGUGGAUUUUACGCACCGGGCUCCGGACGCACAGACUUUAAACACUGAUUUAUGAUUUUUGUUUUGCUUUUUUUAUUUUUAGCUUUUAGUCUUUUCUACAAGGAGCGUGAUGCGACUUUUAGAGGCGUUUGCAGCCCGUCGGGAACAAGCAGGGCUGGUGAAAAUGUUACAAGGUCGUUAAAUUUAUUGGAACGUGUCCACCGGAGAUUAACUUUCUCCGUGAUGAUUGCGGAGCUCUGGUGAAUGAUUGACAGCAGAGACUCGGCCUGACGCUCUGUGGACUAACUGGAUCCACCUACAGGAGUUUAACUGGUUUAGUUUUAAUCAUUAAGAGGUUGGAAGGAGCAGAAUGAACCUCUGGACCUGAUGCAUGCAGCAGGAGAAGAAAGUUUUUAAGGUUUCCGAGAUGAAGUCAUAAAUUAAAGAAGAUGUUUCACCCUCUUUAAUUUUAUUUUAUUGUUUUAAUGACUCUAAUGUUUCUAAAACAUUUGAUUUUCUAUAUGGCAUCUUUGGUGAGGCACGCGCCCUGCAGCCCGCGGCCCCUCGUGCUGCUGCUGCUGCUGCUGCUGUUCCGGUGUCCUGGUCUCACGUCAGGAGCCUCCAAGGACCUGGUGUGUGAGCCCAUAACUGUGCCCAUGUGCAGGGGCAUCGGCUACAACCUGACCUACAUGCCCAAUCAGUUCAACCACGACACCCAGGAGGAGGUGGGGCUGGAGGUGCACCAGUUCUGGCCCCUGGUCCGGAUCCGCUGCUCACCAGACCUGCUCUUCUUCCUGUGCAGCAUGUACACCCCCAUCUGCCUGCCGGACUACCGCAAGCCUCUGCCGCCCUGCAGGUCUGUGUGUGAACGGGCCAAGCGAGGCUGCUCCCCUCUGAUGAGCCAGUAUGGCUUCGAGUGGCCUGAGAGGAUGAGCUGCGAACAGCUGCCACAGCUGGGCGACGAGGUCUUGUGCAUGGACCAGAACAGCAGCGAGACUACCACCCUGGCUCCGCCUUUCCCCAAGCCCACCCCUAAAGGCCGGACCAGACCGCCAAGCCCUCCACAGUGUGACAGGGAGUGUCGCUGUCGAGACCCCCUGGUCCCCAUCAAGAGGGAGUCCCACACCCUGUACGGCCAGGUCCAGACCGGUCCCCUACCCAACUGCGCCCAGCCCUGCCACCAACCCUACUUCUCAGCAGACGAACGCACCUUCACCAGCUUCUGGGUGGGACUCUGGUCGGUGCUGUGCUUCAUCUCCACCUUCACCACUGUCGCCACCUUCCUCAUUGACAUGGAGCGCUUCAAGUACCCAGAGAGGCCCAUCAUCUUCCUGGCUGCGUGCUACCUCUUUGUGUCUUUGGGUUACAUCAUCCGCCUGGUGGCAGGUCAUGAGCGGGUGGCGUGUGGUGCCAGCGGCAGUGUCGGUGGCGACCAGCUGCACAUCCUCUACGACACCACAGGCCCCGCUCUCUGCACCCUCGUCUUCUUGUUGGUGUAUUUCUUCGGCAUGGCCAGCUCCAUCUGGUGGGUGGUGCUGUCCUUCACCUGGUUCCUGGCUGCAGGGAUGAAGUGGGGCAGCGAGGCCAUCGCAGGAUACUCGCAGUACUUCCACCUCGCCGCCUGGCUCAUCCCCAGCUUCAAGUCCAUUGUCGUCCUGGCUCUCAGCUCUGUGGACGGGGACCCUGUGGCUGGAAUCUGCUAUGUUGGGAACCAGAGUCUGGAGAACCUGAGGGGAUUCGUACUCGCACCUUUGGUGGUUUACCUCUUCACUGGCUCACUCUUCUUACUCGCCGGUUUCGUUUCCCUCUUCCGCAUCAGGAGCAUCAUCAAGCAGGGUGGCACCAAGACAGACAAACUGGAGAGGCUGAUGAUCCGCAUCGGGCUCUUCACGGUGCUCUACACUGUCCCCGCCACCAUUGUGGUGGCCUGCCUGGUCUACGAGCAGCACUACCGGCCUGGCUGGGAGCGAGCGUUAGCCUGCACCUGCCCAUCCGAGCGCCAGCGCCUGGGCCCGGACUACGCCGUUUUCAUGCUCAAGUACUUCAUGUGCUUAGUGGUGGGCAUCACCUCAGGAGUUUGGAUUUGGUCAGGGAAAACUCUGGAGUCCUGGAGGAGGUUUGUGGGGCGAUGCUGCCCCUGCUGGCCGCAGAAGGCCACCGCUCCUCCCUCCAUGUACAGUGAGGCCAGUAGUGCUUUAACUGGACAUACUGGGACUGGGCUGACAUCAGGGAUCUACCACAAAGCUGCUCCAUCACAUAUAUGAACAGAGUAAGGAGGUGUGAUGUUCGAACAGUCUGGACACUCGUAAAUAAAUUGUCCAAACAGAAACUGAGCGUGGACGAACAUCUGUGUGCUCUGAAUUUCAGCUCUCACAAAAACUAGAUGAAGAUUCAGAGCGUAAAAAGGGAAAAAUAAAAAGGUAAUAGGAAUUUAAACAAGAGAAAAUCCAACACAGCAUAUUUAAGAGUCUGACUUUUCUGACUCCAACAGUUGCUUUUCUACGAGGUCGAGCAGACGAGAAAACAACCUUUAAAAAAACAGUUACACACACGCUUCUUCCUACCUGCUUCUCCUGAGCACUGAGAGACAAACAUAUUUAUUAAUGUACAUAUUGUAUAAAUGUGCUGUAAAGAAAAUUAGGUGUAUAGUGUGAUAUGUUUAGUUUGUAACCAACCAAUGCCACUGCCACAAGCUAAGUUCAAGACACCAGAGAAACAAAUCUGGUCCGAUUUGAAACUGUAUAAACGUGUACAUAGAUGUGUUGUUUGAUGUCAGUGUUUGAAUGUGAUGUCUGGUGUGUGAUUUCAAAGUGAAACUGUGCUGAGAGGGAUCCAAACAAAAAAGGAAUUCAGUCUUUAUGCUGAUACCGUUCUGACCUGUGAGCUCCGUUAUUGGUUUCUACUUUAAGUUUGUUUCUGAGUGUGUUCUGUUCAUGAUGUGUGAACUAAGCAGCUCUGAUUAGGUUAAAGCCGCAGGAUGGAUCUGAGCCUGGCCUUUACCCCCACCUGCUGGCUGAUGGUGGAGCUGCUCACUGUAUGUUCCCACAUCAUGAACUCCCUUUGACUAGAUCCAUAUUAGACCACAGACCCUCAGUCAGAUAAGAUUUUUUCAGACAAAAAAGACUAUGAAUUACUGAAAAAUAAUGGUUAAAAUCAAAUUUACUGUUAGAAUAAUUAUUUAUCCUCAAUUAUUUAUGAUUUCUGGUUUAACAAUUCCUUAUAUGUACUAAAGGACCUUUAUAAAGAUCCCUGGACCUCACUUUGAAAACCAUUGCUCUACUUGUCCAGUGAUUUCACACCCUGGACUCUGAGCAGACAGAUGUUGGGGUCAUACACUGAUAAAUUCAAAUAAUAAGUUCAUUAAUGGAUUAAAUGAUCGACAGAAAAUUCAGUUUUGAUUAUCAGCUAAUUAUUAAACAAAAGAAAUGCCAAAAAAUAAGCAGUGUCAGUUUAAAAAAAAUCAAUUAUUCUGCUUUUCUAAGUUUUAUAAACAAUAUAAACUGAGCAUCUUUGAGGUUUGAGCUGCUGAUUGGAGAAAAUAGGCACUUUGCAGACAUCUCAUUGGUGACAGGCAUUUUUCAACAAUCAAGAUAAAAAUCAGCAGCUUAAUGUAUCAUGAAAAUUAUCAUUAGUUGUAGCCCAAUUUAUUUUAUAGUUGUGGUGAGAGUCUAGGGGUGGUAGAAAAAUUGACACUGCAGUAUGGCGAUAUUUUGUGUGGCAAUUUCGCAUCGUCACACUGACGCCAAGUAUCGAUAUUUUAUUAUAUAAACUAUUAAUAUUACAAAUACAAAUGAAACGUUUGGUAGCCUACUACAAUAAUAUUUUUUUCAGUCUUCUAGAUACAUUUUGCUGCAAUAAAAAUGACAGCAGUUGGAUGAACUGACUGAAAGUUUAAUCUUAUUGGAUAAAACAUGUUGACAAAGUUUUCCUUUGGGGACAUACAGUAAUUUACAGUUGAAAAAAGGUAAUAAAUUGUAAUAUAUUUCAAUAUAUUUUAUCGUGAUGCUCAGUAUAUCGCAACACCUGUCAAAUCGCAAUAACAUUAUUUUAAGUAUCGUAAUAAUAUUGUAUCGUGGGGCCUCUGGUGUUUUUCCCACCCCUGAGAGAGUUAUACAUAUUAUUUUUAAAUAUUUCAUUGUCUUUAUGCAUUUUUUUUAUUUAAACUUCAGUUAAACUAGGUUUAAUUAAUCCUUAAUUAGUAUAAACAGUGCUGAAAUAUAUGUGAUAAUCAAAUUUAUAGAAGAAAAACAAAAUAUUUGUUUGCUCUGCCUUAUAAAAUAUGCAAACUUAUGCUUUUAGAUGAUCUUUAAAAAAUUGUAAAUUUAAUAUUUUCAAGGUUUUAGGCUGUUACUUGGACAAAUUAAGCUCCUUUAAUAGUCCAAUUUAUUCAGUGUCAAUUCAAUUUUACUUAUAAAGCCCAAUAUCACAAAUCAUAAUGUGCCUCAGAGGGCUUUUCAGCAUAUGACAUCCCUCUGUCCUUGGACCCUCACAGCAGACAAGACUUUAAGUAUUUGUUAUAUUUUUUACUAUUAAUAGCAUAAACCAGCACUUUUGGACUUUUGGAAGAUGCUACUUUUCUUUAAGAUUGACUGUAUUCUCACUAUUUAUGAGUAACUAGUAAGUAAAUCUGUGCAGAGAUGAAUAAAACAUGAGUUCUGUAGGGCAAAAUCUUAUCAGCAUGGAUCUGUGGUCUAAUGUGGAUCAUCUGUUUUUAGAGGCCUUCACAACAAACACUGAAGGACCCUCCCUGUCUCCUACAAACUGUCUUAAUGUAGCCUGAAACUUAAAGACAUAAAACUACAACAAUCUAUCUUGCAUAGUUCUGUGCAAAACGUCACAUUACAGGACAGGUUGUGGAUUAAAUGACAGAUUCGGUGAAAGUGAAUUAUUUGUUCUCUGCUGUGAUGGUCUGUGAUAUUUUCAUUCAGUGCUGUUUGGCCACCUGUUGUUGUUUAGACUACUGUGUUUCCACACGCUAGGCGAUAUCUCUAAUUUAUUAGCCUGAUUUGUGCGAGUGAAUGUGAUCGUGUGAGUGAUGAUGAACUCCAGUAAGUGUUGGUUUAAACGGACAUUUAGGUUUGUUUAAGUGUAAAUCUGCUUUCAUAUUGAUAAGAGUUCCUAAAAGGAUAUUAAAAAAUAUUGUAGAUUUUGAUUCAUAUUGUGGAAUUAAAACUGAGUUGACCUCAA